UCAGAGAGGGACCUGUCCACGGAGUUUGACAAAGUCGGGGCAGAGAGGAGGAGGCUGGGGGAGCACUCCCGGUGCCAAUGUGUUCCGGGCUGCCUGCCGUGUUCCCUGAAUUCCAGACACAAUCUCAACUCUCAGCAACCAAGUCACCAGGAAUCUGUUCUUGUCCUUCCUACUCCAGACAACUGAUUGCUAGACCCCAUUCCUGGAGCUGUAUCCUGUCACUGGAAGAAUCCAUUGGGAUUCCAACCUCAGGACCCCUUAUUGCUUCAUCUUACAUGCACACACAACCUUCUGCUCUGGAGGCUCCACUUUACUUAGUCCUUUUCCCUCCAUCCUCUCCUUCUCUUCCAGAGACCUUGAGCUAAGCCUCCUCCUUCGAAAAGGCUUUUGACAUCAUUAUGAUGUUUAUCCUCUUCUGGAUGCUCUUGAACCUGUCUGUUGCUCUGGCCUUUGAUCCGGAUUUCACAAAUGGCGUCUCUACACCCUACUUGGUCUACUUGAAAUCUGAUUACUUGCCCUGCGCUGGAGUCCUCAUCCACCCCCUCUGGGUGCUCACAGCUGCCCACUGCCACCUGCCGAAGCUUUCGGUGAUCCUGGGAGUUUCAAACCCAUCAAAUCCCAAAGAAAAUAAUGUCCAAGAGGUGGGCUUUGAGAAGAUGAUUCAUCACUCAGGCUUCUCAAUCACGUCUAUCGAUCAUGACCUCAUGUUAAUCAAGCUGAAGGAAAAUAUUCAACUCAAUGAGUAUGUACAACCGGUCAGCCUGCCUCGUGAACCUGCCCCGGAGAAUAGCACGUGCACGGUCUCCACCUGGGCCUACAGCAGCUGCGAAAUCACCCAGGACCCCACCUCCCUGCAGCACGUGGACAUCUCGGUCAUCUCCCCGAAUCAGUGCCGCGACGCCUACAGAAGCGUCAGCAUCAAGGACACGAUGAUGUGCGUGGGCAUCGUGCCGGGCAGGAGGCAGCCCUGCAAGGAGGUCACGGCCGCCCCCGCGGUGUGCCACGGCGCGCUGCAGGGCAUCCUGGCGCUGGCCGACGGGUGCGUGCUGAGAGCGGACGUGGGCGUCUACACCAAAGUCCUCCACUAUGUGGCCUGGAUGGAAAACGUGAUCCAGAACAACUGAGCUCCGGGGCAGGAGCUCCGGGCGGUGCAGCCCAGCCUGGCCCCGGGCCCAGCCGCAGAAUUAAAUCUAACAGCCCCGGGGGC